AUGGAGGCCAUCUGGGUCUACCAGUUCUGGCUGAUCGGCGACUCCACUGUGGGCAAGUCCUGCCUCCUGCAUUGCUUCACGCAGGGCCGCUUCCCGGGGAUGCUGUCCCCUGCCUGCGACCCCACGGUCGACGUGGACUUCUACCGUCUGCCGGAGAUUGAGCGCAAGAGGAUCAAGCUGCAGCUGUGGGACACGGCGGGGCAGGAGAGGUUCAAAUCAAUAACUCGAUCUUAUUACCGCAACUCAGUUGGUGGAUUUCUGGUAUUUGACAUCACAAACCGGAGAUCUUUUGAACAUGUGCGAGAUUGGUUAAAAGAAGCCAAAAUGUAUGUGCAGCCAUUUCGGAUUGUAUUUCUAUUAGUGGGACAUAAAUGUGAUCUCGUGUCACAGCGUCAAGUUUCAAGGGAAGAAGCUGAAAAAAUGUCAGCAGCCUGUGGUAUGAAGUAUAUAGAAAACUCAGCAAAAGAUGCUACAAAUGUUGAAGAAUCUUUUACAAUCCUGACAAGAGAUAUAUAUGAAAUUAUUAAAAAAGGAGAAAUUUGCAUUCAAGAUGGUUGGGAGGGGGUUAAAAGUGGCUUUGUUCCAAAUAUUGUGCAUUCUUCAGAAGAAGCAGUAAAGCCCAUGAAACAAUGUCUUUGCUGAAUUUAUAGGCAGCUUCAAAAUGGGUAUGAGUAUAUCAGGUAUUUGUUUUAGGAUAAAUACCAACAUUAAGAGCAA